AUGGCUUUAAUUGAGAGCUUAAUUUUAAUUUCGAUUGCGUUAUAUUUAAUUUAUAAAUGGUCAACUGCCAAUUAUAAUGUCUUGAGAGAACGAGGCGUUCAUCAUGAAAAACCUUUUCCUCUAAUUGGCAAUAUUAAGUGGAGUAUACUACGUCAAAAGUCAUCAUUCUUGGAUUCCAUAUUAAGCAACUAUCAGAAAUAUAAAAAUUGCAAAAUUUAUGGAACUUAUAAUUUUCGGGAGCCUAUAAUAUUCAUAAGUGAUUUAGAACUCAUUAAAAAAGUAGGCAUUAAGGACUUCGAUCAUUUUACCAACCAUAAGUCUCCUUUUACUGAAGUAAAAGAUAACGUUUUUUCAAAAAGUUUGAUUGCACUAGAAAAUCAAAAAUGGAAAGAAAUGCGGAACACAUUAACACCUUCAUUCACAGGCAGUAAAAUGCGUCUUAUGUUUGAAUUAAUCAACGAUUGCAGCAUUCAGGGAGUAAAAUAUUUGGAAAAACAAACUAAAGCCACUGACAACAAUGAACUCGAUUUGGAAAUGAAGGAGUAUUUUACUAAAUUCACAAAUGACAUUAUUGCAUCCACUGCAUUCGGCAUCAAAGUAGAUUCAUUUGAAGAUCCUGAUAAUGAGUUUUAUAAAAUUUGUAAAUCGUGUACUAAACUCAGAGGCGUUUUAAUAAUAAAAGCACUUUUCAUAAGUGUAUUACCCAAAUUAUCACGUUUCUUGCGUAUGGAAUUACUGAGUUCUAAAAUAUCAAACUAUUUCAAGAAUUUAGUAUUUGGUGCAAUGAAAUAUCGCGCGGAAAAUAAUAUCAUACGUCCAGAUAUGAUACACUUAUUGACAGAAGCGAAAAAACAUUUUGAAGAAACAAAGAAUGAAAGAACUGGAGAGCAUGCUGAAUUCAAUGAUGAUGACCUAUUGGCACAGUGCAUACUUUUCUUCUUAGCCGGUUUAGAUACAGUUUCAACUUGUUUAUCUUUUACGGCUCAUGAAUUGUUAGAAAAUCAAGACGUUCAAGAUUUACUUUACCAAGAAGUUCUAGAAAUUGAGAAAGAGCUCGAUGGCAAACCAUUAAAUUACGAUACCAUUAUGAAAAUGAAAUACAUGGACAUGGUUAUUUCAGAAUCAUUACGAAAGUGGCCACCGAAUAUAAUAUUAGAUCGUGUUUGUGGAAAUGAUUAUAAACUAACAGAUGAAGAAGGAAAUUUAAUUGUUGAAAUUAAAAAGAAAGAAAUGAUUGCUAUCCCCAUUGCUGCAUUACAUCGAGAUCCUGAGUACUUCCCUGAACCAGGCAAAUUUUUACCAGAACGAUUUUCAGAUGAAAAUAAAUCAAAUAUCAAAAAUUUAUCAUAUUUACCUUUUGGUAUUGGUCCUAGAAGCUGUAUAGCAAAUCGACUUGCACUAAUGGAAACAAAAGCGAUUAUAUAUAAUAUGUUAUUGCGAUUUAAAAUCGUUCGGGGACCAAAGACGACGAAGAAUAUGAUAAAAUCAAUUAAAGGUUUUUUAAUGCAACCGGAGGAACUAUUCUGGAUGAAAUUCAUACCAAGAGAUAUAUAGAAAUCAUUAACACAUAAAGUUAAAUUGAGAUAAAAUUUAUUUCUGAAUGGGCAUAUCAUGAUAAACUUUAUAUUUAUAUAUAUUAUAG